UCUGGAUGGUGUAACGGCGCAGAUCUUCAUCAUUGUAUGGGGUUGAUGUCCAGCUGGGAGAAGCGAAGGAUUUGCAAAAAAAUAACUGGGCUUCAGAUCGGAGAUAACUCGACAAAUCAGGUGACAUCAUGGGCAAAGUGCAGGGCGGGAUGAAAUGCGUGAAAUAUCUGCUUUUCGCCUUCAACUUCAUCUUCUGGCUGUCGGGGUUGCUGGUGCUGGCGGUGGGACUGUGGCUCAGAUUCGACCCAGAAACAGUGGAGCUCCUGACAGGCGACGGCGCCCCUUACACCUUCUUCAUAGCUGUGUACAUCCUCCUCGGUGCAGGAGGUUUGAUGAUGAUCGUCGGGUUCUUCGGCUGCUUCGGGGCCGUGCGUGAGUCGCAGUGUCUCCUUGCAUCGUUCUUCGCUUGCCUUCUGAUAAUCUUUGGAGCAGAGAUCACCGCUGGUGUGUUUGGAUUCAUAAACAAGGAACAGAUUGCCGAGGAAGUCCAAAAGUUUUACAGUAGCUCCAUCGCUGACCUCAGCAAUCCCAAUGGAACCGCAAUAGCAUUAAUUUACCACAAAACUCUGAACUGCUGUGGAGGCUCCACACCGGACACAACUAGUGGAUUGUGUGCAGAUGCUCCAGAAGAAACCCCGGACUGUCUGACAGCAAUAACAGAUUUUGUCAAUGAAAAGCUACACAUCGUUGGAUACAUAGGAAUUGGAAUUGCAGGCGUGAUGAUCAUAGGAAUGAUCUUCAGUAUGGUGCUGUGUUGUGCCAUCAGGAACAGCAGGGAAGUCAUAUAGCUGGUGUGCUGAUCUCCCCCCUCCUCCAACCCCACCAACCAAGACCACUACAUGCUCACUCAACCCUUCAUAAUCAACCUAUCCGCAUGAGAAGGGCACCACCAAAGUUGCAUUUCAAUGUCAUCUUUUGUAGUCUGGGUUCAUGUGGUGGGGAGGCUCACCGAACAAUGAAUCCCACUCUGUCCCAGUUAUCCGUUCAACACGAUACGCUGGAUCGUUCACGCCACACCUUCUCCUCCACUCCACCAGCACUGAAACACUAAUUUAUUUCUCUGUUCGUUUCCAUAACACAUGCUCUGCUUUUGGCACAACCCUGUGACAUUCCUCGCUUUUAACAUCUCAAUGUUAUAGACCGCUGGUGCUCUGCAGGAGGCGACCGUGCUGUGCUGUAGCUGCGGCACGGUAUAUGAAGCCUUCUUUGACACAGGAAUGUUGUGACUGAGGAGUAUUGCUGUAAAUAUGGACACCUAUUUUAUACAUUUGCUGUUAACAUUAUUUAUUCUGUGCCCUUUCUAGCCCUUUUAGGCCUAAUGCCAAUCAUACCUUGUGUGCUUAAGUGUUUUGAGGACUAGCCUACCUUUGCAAAAUACAUUUCCGUUACGUGCCUAUUUAGUCACACAGUCAAGCCUCCAACUACUGUACUAUUUGCCUCUUUCUUGUGAUUUGUACAUUAUGACUGUGCUCCCUGCCACCACACUCAAGUAUUUCUACUGUAAAGCACAAUAGAGUACGUGUAGACAUGAUAUCAACCCAAAGGGUUAGGAAGGUCUGAUGAUAAACUGUCCCUCUGUAAAUCUCCAAAUUCAACUGAGUUUAUAAGUUAGUGACAUAACACUUUGUGCUGAGCUCUUCAGGAGCAUGUUUGAACUGUAACAGUGAGCUAGUUUGCAUUUUUUGUGUGUGGUUUAUUGUGGAUGUAAAUUUUGUUGGUGUGCCAAUAAGAUGUGAAUUAUAGAAUAAUAUAGUUUAUGUCAUACUGUUAACCAUAAUAAAAACAUUGGGUGCUUUUAUCAACA